AUGGGCUUUGCUGAAGUGCUGGGGGCAGUACUGUGGGGUGAAUCCCUUGGAAGCACUUCCAGUUACUCUCAGAAUGACAACUCUCCACCUCAGAGGUUCUUCCAGGGAGAUUAUCUUAUAAAAAUUUCAAGAGACCUUACUGUUUAUCAGAUGGCCUCCAAGGACAGCUCUCCGGCUUAUGGAAUCAUCUGCUUGUUGCUGCAUUUUGGCUGGACGUGGGUGGUACUCUAUGUAACUGAUGAUAUGCGAGGGGAGCAGUUCCUCCAGGAUUGCCCAGCUCAAGAGUAUCCAAACAGUGAAAGAACUCACUGCCUCCCCAAUUCUGUGACUUUCCUGGCUUUUGAGGAUGCUUGGGGGGCAGUUAUGGCCUGCAUGGUUCUGUGCUUGCUUGUCCUCACAGCUGUAGUUUGGAGUCUUGUGAAGCACAGAGACACUCCCACUGUCAAAGCCAACAACCAGGCUCUGAGCUUUAUUCUGCUCAUCUCCCUCCUGCCAUGCUUCCUCUGCUCCUUGCUCUUCAUUGGCCAUCCUAACACAGUCACCUGUGUCCUCCAGCAAGUCAUAUUUGGCCUUGUGUUUACUGUGGCUGUUUACACAGUGUUGGCCAAAACCAUUACUGUGAUUCUGGCAUUCAAAGCCAUGAGGCCUGGAAGAACCAUGAGGUACUUGCUGCUAUCAGGGGCUUCUGACUCUGUCAUUCCCAUUUGCUUCCAUUUCCAAAUGAUUAUCUGUGGAAUAUGGCUAGUAACUUCCCCUUUCAUUGACAUAGAUUCACAUUCUGAGCCCAGAAACCUCAUCAUAAUGUCUAACAAGGGCUCAGUCAUUGCCUUCUACUGCGUCCUGGGCUACCUGGGCUCCUUGGCUCUGGGAAGCUUCAUUGUGGCUUUCCUGGCCAGGAACCUGCCUGACACAUUCAAUGAAGCCAAGUUCCUCACAUUCAGCAUGCUGGUGUUCUGCAGUGUUUGGGUCACAUUUGUCCCCGUCUAUCACAGCACCAAGGGGAAGUUCAUGGUGGCUGUGGAGGUCUUCUCCAUUUUGUCUUCCAGUGCAGGGCUCCUAGGCUGCAUCUUUUUGCCCAAGUGCUACAUUAUUUUUAUAAGGCCUGAUAAGAAUGUCUGGAAAGCACGAUGGAAAAAAAAUAUAAAAAAUAUGACAAAAAAAUAA